GGGGCGUGGCCUCGGGCUACGGGAGCUCUGAGCCCGGGGAGUCGAGCGGGAGAAACAGGAUGGCGACCGCAGCGAGCGAGGCGCGCCGGGUGCUGGUGUACGGCGGCAGGGGCGCGCUGGGCUCCCGAUGCGUGCAGGCGUUCCGGGCCCGCAACUGGUGGGUGGCCAGCAUUGACGUGGUGGAGAACGAAGAGGCCAGCGCCAGUGUCGUGGUUAAAAUGACCGACUCGUUCACGGAGCAGGCUGACCAGGUGACGGCUGAGGUCGGCAAACUCUUGGGUGAAGAGAAGGUGGACGCCAUCCUUUGUGUGGCUGGAGGAUGGGCCGGGGGCAAUGCCAAGUCCAAGUCUCUCUUCAAAAACUGUGACCUGAUGUGGAAGCAGAGCAUGUGGACGUCCACCAUCUCCAGCCACCUGGCCACCAAGCACCUGAAGGAAGGAGGCCUGCUGACCUUGGCGGGGGCCAAGGCCGCGCUGGACGGGACCCCCGGGAUGAUCGGCUAUGGCAUGGCCAAGGGCGCCGUCCAUCAGCUCUGCCAGAGCCUCGCGGGGAAGAACAGCGGCAUGCCGCCCAGGUCUGCGGCCAUCGCGGUGCUGCCGGUCACGCUGGACACCCCGAUGAACAGGAAGUCGAUGCCCGAGGCCGACUUCAGCUCCUGGACACCCUUGGAGUUCCUCAUUGAAACCUUCCACGACUGGAUCACAGAGAAAAACCGACCCAGCUCCGGGAGCCUGAUCCAGGUGGUGACGACGGAGGGACGGACCGAACUCACCCCGGCAUAUUUCUGAGCUCCCUGCCCGCGCCGGCGCGGGGGCGGCCGCGGAAGCCACCGUGACCCCGAGUGGCCGCGCCUGGCCCUGUGUCUUCGGUAACCCUGACUGUGGUACAGGCCCCGAGGCCGGUUUUUCUCUCACCUGAUGUGCAUUCGCUCCCCUGAGGCAGUGUCAAGUGUGCGUGUGAAAUAAAAACGUGCGGGUGGAGGCCUGUGGGUAGCGGCGCCCUCCGUCCGUGCUGCCCGUCUGAGCGCGGAGGUUUCUGCGCGGCCCCUCCGUGUCGGCGUCCCGUGGGAGUCUUUUGAGACUGCCCGUGUGUCCCUGACCAUGUCUGUCGGCCGGACCGGUCCAGAGAUUCCUUGGCCUUGGGGACAUGUGACUUACCGUUCUGUCACUGGUGUAGUUUUCGCAGCCUCGCAUUAAACUGCCUUAACCCCCUUUCGUGGUGUUCGCAGAA